AUGGUGGAACAAGAGGCAGACGGUAAUGAAUAUCUAACUCCCUUAACACAGUCCAAGAAGGAGGGGUUACUACGGCUUGAAUCUGCGGGCAAGACACCGAGAAGAGUCAAAGUGUAUCUACUAAAAGGAGAAGACUGGAUAGACAACGGAACUGGGUUUUGCAUUGGGGAGAUUGACAAAGACACUAAAGUCCCCUACUUCCUUGUACGAAAAGAAUCAAAAAUAGAUGAGAUUAUUCUCAAAUCCAAUCUAGAAGGAAACAUUCAGUAUCAGCGACAGCAGGAUACUCUUAUAGUUUGGACAGAUCCUUCUGGGUCAGAUCUUGCCUUGUCAUUUCAAGAAACCGAGGGGUGCGCCGAUUUGUGCGACUUCAUCAUCAAAGUGCAACAAGGGAACUAUAGUCCAAACAUAUCAUUGUAUUAUGUCAUUUCUAGGCUACCUGAAGGCGAUGAUAUUACUGAACUAGUCACUGGCCCCGUUCGAUACCCACCUGCGUUGCCAAAUGAGGAAAAUUUGGAAAGUGUAUUGGAAAGCUUAAACCAAUGCGCUAAUUCGCAAUUUACAAGAACUAGUAUCCUGGACUAUUUGGUGGAAUGCAAAUACUUUGAUAAACUAAAGAAAAUCUUUGAAGAUGCCGAAUCCAGUGGAAACACGACAGCUUUGCAACAAUUAAGUGGCAUUGCCAAAAUGUUGCUAUCGUAUAAUGAGCCAUCAUUACUUGAGGAUAUACUAUCUUCCGAAAACAAUAUCUAUAUACUCGCAGGGAUUUUGGAGUAUGAUUCAAGCUCUACUGGGGCUAAGCCUGGACACAGAGCCCUUUUUGAAAAUAGGCUGUUUAAAACUGUGAUUCCAAUAGAUGAGCUGGACAUCUUCAAACGAGAUCACUCUUUAACUGUUUUGAAGGAAAUUAUUUUGAUAAGAUACCUUGAUGAUCAGACCAUCAGCCAGUUGAACUCUAUGAUAUAUGCCAACCAAAUCAAGAUAUUGGAGUAUUUAGCAAGCACGGGAGUUCUUGAAAAGUUAUUUGAUAUUUAUGAAAACAAAGAAAGUAUUGAACUUAAGCGUGAUGGAGUAAGGAUGCUUCACCAAUAUGUGAAAACUGCAAAGUCAAUUCAAAAACACGAUUUUUUUGCACUGCUAGUAAAACCAGGAUUAUUUACAAUGGUAAACUUUGCUCUCGGUGACUCAGAAGAUCAGGUGCGAAUAAUGGGCACUGAAUUGAUUGUUUCCAUAAUAGAGCAGAAUGUUGCUUUGACAAAUUCCGAGGAUCAGGAACCGGCAAUUGACAAUUCUGAACCUCCACUACGGUCAUGUCAGGAUGAAACAAAUUCAAGUCGGCCGAUUGGCGAUGAAAAUGGUUCAAAAAAGGAGAUAAAAGAGAGCAAAGCUGGAUUAUGUUCAUUCAAUGGAAAGUUUUUGUCGACUUUGAGUGACAUAAUAGUCAAUGAAGAGCACGCGGGAAUGAAAUAUCAGGCGUUUGAAGCAUUGAGAACAUUAUUGGACCCCAAUGUUUUAACAAAUAUAGAAAGUUCCUUCCUGGAGAAAGUUGCAAACAAGUUGCAAGCAAGAGAAAUAUCCGCGAGACAGAAUGGAAAUAAACAUGGUGAGGACAACAGCUACCAAGCUAACAUGAGUUAUCAGCUAAAAGAUUUUUACACGAAGGUGACACCAAAAUUGUUUGCCAAAAUUACUGCUAUGGGCAAUUCUAUAAAGGCAGUUGAUACAAUAUCACGAGCGGACUCGACCCUAUUUCUGCUACUAUGCGAAUUCAUCAUUUUUGGCACUAGAGAGCACGAUAGUGCACUUGUUAAGAAUUUUGUUGUUGAACAUGAUAUCUUGAACGGAAUGGUCAAGCUUUUGAGCUUUCCAUGUAAAAAGGUCUUGAAACUCCAUGUUGUGAGGUGUUUGAGAAGCAUUGUUUUGCUCAACGACGACAACCUAACAACCUAUAUGUUUGAACAUGAUAUCCUCAAGGCAUUGUUUCUAUAUUUUGAAUCAGUCACGAAUCAAGAUGACAUGUGCAAUUCAGCUUGUUUAGACUUUUUAAAUAUUAUCCGGACACAAAGCGACGCAAAAAAUUUUGGAAAAAGGAGGAAUUUCAAGUCAAUUGCCGAAUAUUUGAGCAAAUAUCAUGGUGCUAUUUUACAAUCUGUAUCAUGCAUGAAAAUAGGGCAGAGUAUAGCUGCACUAGUUGACAACAAUUUCAAUGAAACAGAGACCACGACCUUAGGAAUAUGUGGUGAAGCCAAUUUGGAGCAACUAGGAAUCCAUGAAAGUUUUAUCCGCAAUGGAUUCAGUUGCCACGAAGAUAUUGAAGAAUUGAAUUUGGAGAGUAUUAGCCAUAAACUGAGGGGCUCCGGUAAUAGGCUCUUGAAGAUAAGUUCAUCGCGAAAUGGAAACUUUAAAGUGGAAAGCGAUGCAAAAAUUGAUGCCAAUAAGGAAUAUGACAGCCACAAUCCAGACCAGGGUGAUUCAAACAUUGGAGACAAAAGACCACGAGAUUUACAUCAACCAAUAGAUGCCACAAUUAAAAACAUGACUAAAAGGAGAAGUGUCGUGGACCUCGAAGAAGAGAAUUCUUUUAAUGAAAACGACUCUGCUCAAGUACCGGUUUCUCAUAUGCAUAAUCUUUCCUCCAAAGAUGUUUCAAAAUCAGAGAGCCCCGCAAACAAAAAGGAAUUCAAAACUGUGCAGGGGACACUAGUGGAAGCUAGUGGACGCGGAGGGCAUGACAGUUGA